AAUGCCAAUUGAGGUGCGUGGGCAGACGACAGGGUCUGUCCUGUUCUGCACUGGGUCAGUGGAGGGGUUUGUUUUCUGGUUUCUAGGGGAGGGACGGAUAGGACUUCCCCACUUCUUGCUCCCACUUUGAGCUGUGCUUUUUACAUCCCAGUUUACGUCUAGUUGGCAUAACUCAUUUCCGCAUUCCCAAAUCCUCCCAGAUAGGGAUCACUAUUUAAACGGGCUGAUGCAACGGUUUCCAAUUUUUAAAAUAUACUCUCGACCUUCAGCUGACAAGAAGAAAGGACAACUGUUGCACUCGGGAUCAAAGUCAGCUGUGGUCACGGCUGGGUCUUAUAUGAUGCCGGGACCAAUCCCAGAUCCUCGGAUGACAGCCGGCUCAUUGCCCAGCCUGGGUCCCCUGGCAGGGAUCCCGUACACCACACUGACUGACCAGCUCAAGUACGCCAACCUCCAGGAACUGGGGGCCAUACUCUCUCCACUGCACUUCCUGGGCAAGCUAGGGAAGAGGCCCCUAACCAUCAAAACAGAGAGAGAUGAGGAAGAAGACAGGAGGAAACGAAGGAGAGAGAAAAACAAAGUAGCAGCAGCACGCUGUAGAAACAAAAAAAAGGAGAGGACAGACUAUCUACAAAGGGAAUCGGAGAGACUAGAGGUGAUGAACUCUGAACUCAAAACUCAGAUUGAGGAGCUGAAGCAUGAGCGGCAGCAGCUGAUCAUCAUGUUGAAUCACCACCGCCCAACGUGCAUAGUCAGGACGGACAGCGUCAAGACGCCUGAGAGUGAAGCCAACCCCCUGCUGGAGCAACUGGAGGGCUAGUGAUGUCUCAGGACUCUGAGCUGAAGAGCAGGGUGUUGUUACAGUUUACAGUGAAGCCCCACUCCGGCCAACUAGCAGCACGUCGGUAUCUCUGGGUUCCUGGCUUAGAGGCAAACCAGCUAAGCACACCUGCCUGUGGCCAGAGAGCCUUUAAACACAAAUGUGACCCAAUGUGAUUGGACUUUGUGCUGGCAGUUAAACACAUUUAUUUUGAUGUGUUGUUAUUGUUUCCAUUCAGGUCCCCACAGCCUCAGCCACUAUCACUGUAAAUAAAUAAAUAAAUAAAUACAUACAUGGCUAAAUGCAGCUUGGUGAGAAAUACUCCCACUCCUGGGCAACGUGACUGAUCUCUCAGGCCCCAUAGGCACAGUCAGAACUUGUCCUAUGUUUGUUUUUACUUGUGUACUGGUUAUGAACUAGUAGGGUUUUUGAAUAUAUUUUUUUCCCUGUAUUACAGUAUGUGCUGAUGGCAGACCGGUUGAGACGUUUUAUUUUUGUUGGCGCAGGCGUCAUAUAUGCACAUAGCCUAUGUAUGGACUGUUUACAUUGUAGUUGGUCUGCUAUUACUUCCAAAUAUGGUUCUUAUUUUUAAACUUACUGUAUAUUAUAUCAUAUAGACACAUAUAAGCUAUCACAAAAGGUGAUACAUUUUGUAUUUCUGUUAAAUAAAUAGUUCCUUUCUCCUUUU